UAAUUUAUUCAAACAUUUGGUAUGCCUUAGGGCAUUAGACUUGAGUGGGCAUCGGUUAAUUGUGGAACUGCCGAGGAACUUGGGGAAAUUGAUACAUCUGAGGUUCCUUAAUCUAUCAAAUAGUUUGAUGCGCGGGGAAUUGCCAGAAACAAUUUGUGAUCUAUAUAAUUUGCAAACUUUAAUUCUUUCAGAUUUGCUCAUAAAACUACCUCAGGGGAUGAGAAAACUAAUUAACCUGAGACAUCUUGAAUGGGAAGGCAGUAGAGUAUUGAUGUUGCCAAAAGGAAUCGGGAGAUUGACCUCACUUCGGACAUUAACUAUGUUUCCUAUAAUUGGAGAUCAUUUUAGACGUGAUGUAUGCAAAAUAGGAGAACUGAAAAACUUAAACAGCCUCAGGGGAGGUCUUGUGAUAAGUGGGAUAGUUAAUGUGAAAGAUGCAGAGGAGGCUGGCGAAGCAGAAUUGAAGAAUAAGAAACACCUCCAUCAUUUGGAACUAGAGGUUUUUGGGGGGCUUGCCUCAGCUGCUUCAAAAGGUGUGGCUGAAGCUCUACAGCCUCAUCAAAACUUGAAGUCUUUAAAAAUAAGUCAUUACCAUGCUGCCACCGAGUUCCCCAGUUGGAUAGCGGCCUCAUCGUUGGCCCAAUUGAAAAAGCUUGAAAUUAGGCAUUGCGCACAGGUUACAUAUUUGCCUCCAUUGGGGGAACUACCUCUCCUUGAAAGCCUGAUAAUAGAGCAUAUGAAGAGACUGAAAUACGUGGGUGGUGAGUUUUUGGGAUCUUCAACAACUGCAUUCCCAAAGCUGAAGCACCUCCGUUUUAAUGAUAUGAAAGAGUGGGAGAAGUGGGAAGUAAAAGAAGAAGAUGAUGAAGAAGAACGGAGGUCAGUAAUGCCACAUCUCCACUCCUUGACCACAGAUAAAUGCCCCAAGCUGGAAAGCCUGCCCGAGCGCCUCCUCCAGAUAAUUCCACUACAGGAACUAAGUAUCCGCCUCUCUCCUACUCUGCAAGAUCUUUACCAUGAGGAGACAGGGAAGGAUCGGUCCAAAAUAUCUCACAUCCGAAAGGUUUGGUGUUAACCACUGACGAUGACAUCGCUCUAGCUGCAUGCCCUCCAGAGUGUGCAAGCCUGACUCCCGCAGUCCAAAAGAGCGCAUCUCAUGCUGGAAGAAGUCUACUAUCAUGCUCCCAAGAGAUCAGACAAAUAAUUUUUUUUAUCAUUCCACUGAAUUUUCUGAUGAACAAAUUAUGAUCCAUGUGUACUAUAAUAUCCAAAUUCCUUCUACCGCUUCUCCAUAGUUUCCGUUGUAAUAAACUCAUUGCCUGUUAUCAGGUUUUGAUCAUGAAACAAACCAUUAUGUAUAUAUGUUUGAAUAUUGGAUUGGGCACAAUUACAUUAAUUUGUUAAGGAUGAAA